AUGAUAAACAACGUUAAUGACAGGAAUAAUAAGCAUGCCACAUCGACCAACAAUAAUGCAUGUUCUAAUCCAACUUUCUCAUCAACUUUGAUGACGUCUCCAACAAUCACUGCAACAUUGACAACAACAAUUACAAGUAGUGGCAUUAAUAGUUUGAUGUCUUCUAAUGAUGCUACAAACAAACAAGCUAACAAACAUGAGAAAGAAAAGAAGGAUCCUAUGGCUGGGAUAGAUGUUAACAAUUAUGCAAGUGUUGUUAUCAUUGACAACCAUCCGGAAGUAUCCAUAGAUGACCCAUCAUUCUUGUUUGAAAAAAAUGAAGGCUUUCAAGAGGUCACCUCAAGAAAAGCUCUCAAAAGUAAAAUCAAAGCUGCUCAGCAGGAGGAAGCUUUAAAGCAACAACAGUUACAGCAGCAACAAUUGAAAGCACAAGCUGCAGCAGCUGUUGCAGCAGCUGCUACUUCAAAGAAAGGGGUAGCAGAUAAGAACAAAGCAUCUGUUGUUAGCACUUUACCAUCGUCCAUAAUUUCAUCAUCAGUGGCUGUAACUUCAAUAGACCGCCAGCAAAGAUCAUCUGACAAAUUGAUUGUCAAUAAGACUGGUCGACCUAAAGAUUCGACUAAAAGGAGUACUACAUCUGGUGCCAUAACAUCUAUAAAUACUUCUAGAUCAAUGGGCCUAGGCAGUGCAGAUAAUGAUGAACCUAUUGCGGUUUUACCUAAGAUUGAAAAUUGGACAAAUGAUAUGGCAAAGAGCAUACCUAUAUCGACGCCUGCUCAGACAAGUUCAGUUACAUCUGUCACAGUUUCUUCAGUUGCUUCCGUUAAUAACAUAGCUGCUGGUAUCUCUGUAAUAGAUUCACAAGAACAUUAUCAACAACAGCAGCAACAGCAACAAAAUCAACAACAACAACAGCAGCAGUUAGGAAAUGUAUUUGUGCCACAUAGCAACAACAAUUCUGCAACUACUUAUGGAAUUCCAUCUAUGGAAUCACAUCAUCUCAAUCAACAACUUCACCACCAAAUUCACCAUCCUCGUCAUCUUAACAAUGAAACUCAACAUACUGAUGACGGAAACAAGUUAUAUUCUUCAAUAAAUGCCUUCAAGUUCCAGAUGGACAGGGAUUGGGAUCAACAACAAAUAGGAUCAAAUUCAAUCAUGACCACAUCUGCCGCUUACCAGUUUGGCCAGAUCAGCAACAACAGCUACAACAACAGCAACAGCUGCAACAACAGCAACAACAUUAUCCAAAAUCUCAUGUCAACUUUGGGUGUAGGUACUAAAGGAAAUAGCAGUGAAGGAAUGGCUGGAAAUAAUAAUAAUGGAGAAAACAUGCAAUUAGUGCCCUCCUCGGUCUCAAUGUCUCCCAAACAGCCAGGAGUUCGACCUGGUAGAGAGAUCCAAAUUAACCAGCAACAACAACAGCCACAACAACAAACUUCAAAGGUCCUGAAUAAUCUUCUGACGUCUGAUGAAAUCAGAACAAUUAAGAAACCCGAUGCAUCACUGUGCAGUCGCCAGCAACAGCCACAAGCAGCUAACAGAAGUUAUGAAACAAUGGAUAUCCAAUCCACUUUAUUUAAUUACGGCCAUACUGGAGAAGAUACAACUAAUAUGAAAAUGGAUUUUCCAUUUGAUGCCAAUUUGACAUCUAAGCUACCUCCCCAGUCAGAAACAUCUAAGAAACUUCUUGAUGCCUCUGGCAGUUCUCAAUCUUCAACUGUUGUCAGUGGGAACCGCAAUCAUCCAACUGUUACAAAUAACAGUUGUAUGACUGAAACGGACCAAGAUCUCAAUUAUAAACUAGCAAGAGUUAAAGAUGUUUGGGAUAGAGAAAAUGACAAAACUUUUGAUCAGGGGUUAAUUGUUAAUUGUUAUUAUGGUUGCGAUGAUGUUUAUUUGUGGAAUUUGAUGGUAAUGCACUAA